CAGGGCAUACUACGGAAGUACUUGUAAAACCGGCAGUCCGAUCUUAGUCUAUUGUCCUUGGACAACAGUUCAGUCAGUGAUGGCGCCCAGCUCGAAAUCAGAAAAGAACGAUAGCAAACACAAACCUCAAAGAAGACAUAAAGACCAUAUCGUAAAGCUUCUUGUGCGAGGGAAGAUUACAGGCCACUUGUCUCAGCACCGUUUCAGAAAUCUCCCACCUCGAGUGUGUGUCCCAUUAAAGAACAUUGUCAGCGAGGAGUUUCUGAGAGCAGGGCACAUCUUUCUCGGAUUCACCAAGUGUGGCCGCUACGUUCUGUCCUACACCCGGGACUGGGGAGAGGAUGAUGAUUUCUCUUUCUACACCUACUAUCUGUAUUGGUGGGAGUUCAAUCUGCACAGUAGACUCAAACAGGUCCAAUAUGUGCGACUUUUUGCAGGCGAGGAAAUCUACAAUGACCUAUACCUCACCGUGUGUGGGUGGCCGAAUGAUCAAUCUAAAAUUGUCAUCUUUGGCUUCAACUCCCUCCUGAUGAACCUGAUGAGCGCUGAAAACUACAGAGACAUCUACAUCACCAUCGUCUCAAUGCCGUCUCCUAAGCCUUGCCCUGACUGCUCCAAAGCCCCCACCAGUCUUUCCAUACGCAACGGGAGUGGCAAGUGUCUGGAACACGGCUACGUCCUCAACAGCAGGUACCAGGUGGUGUACCCCUUUCCCACUUUCCAGCCUGCCUUCCAGCUGAAAAAGGACCAGGUCAUCCUGUUGAAUACAAGCUACUCUCUGGUGGCUUGUGCCAUCUCUCUCUGCCAAGGGAAGCAGGGGGACUUUUCCCAGAUCCUCUACACAAAGAGAGCCCCUUUGUCGCAUCAACCGUCUUCUUGCCCGUCCACUACCUCAUCCGCAGCCUCUUCGCUGCCUCAGGGAUCUCCUGACAUCCGACCACAACCAAGCAAGUCGACGCCGCUCUCCUCGUCCCCAAGCCAGUCGCAAGCGGCGUUGAGAGCCAGAGAGUUUGCAGCAGACCUCUUUCGACGCGCCCAAGGAGCGGCCGCUGUCGGUGACAAAGAGAGCGCUCAGAAACCCGCAGAGGCGCAGAGUAGCGCACAGCACGAGGAACAGGAUCAUGGAAAGAGGACACAGGAAGAAACACGGACUACUUCGCCGCAAACAUCUGGCCCGAGUUUGACACAUGUGAUGUCUCCUGCGUCGUCGUCGUCGUCACCUUCAUCCCCUCAAACCCCAUCCACAUCUCAGGAGGUCGAACCCGGUGAGCCAGGGUACGUCAACUACUCCCGUCUGCACUAUUGCCACCAACGGCCCUGCUCCGUAGAGCAGACGACAGGAGCGGCAGCAGGCUAUGAAGAUGAUAAAGUACAGCUGCCUUUCACCGUGACGGAUCUUAAAGGACAGAGUCUGCAGCUGGUCAACAAGCCCCACAAUGGACAGAGUGUGUGUGUGGAGCAGCUGACACUGGACUUUGAGUAUCUAAUCAAUGAGGUGAUCAGGAGGGAUGCUGCCUGGGCUCCACAGUUCUGCUCUUUCAGUGACUACGAUGUGGUCAUAUUAGAGGUGUGUCCAGAGACCAACGUUGUCAUGAUCAGCAUCGGCCUGCUGCUACUUGCCCUCUCCCCAUCAGAUCCUUGCAGGCCCAGCACCUACCAUUCCAACCUGCAGGUCAGCUGGGACCUAAACACGGGCGUCUGUUGCACGGUGGGAGUCGGUGGCCUCACAGAGGUCAAAGGUCAGACCAGCGGCCGUGUGUGGAGUUCUUACAGGAAGUCCUGUGUCAACACGCUCAUGAAGUGGCUGGUGCCCGAGAGCGGCUCUCGCUACAUCAACAGAAUGACCAACGAGGGGCUACACAAAGGUUCAUCACUUCAGGUGUUGGCUGAUAGCGACAGAUGCACUUGGAUUGUUUUGUGAUAACAUCAGAAAAGGGAUGUGCUCCAUCCUGAAAUAAAAUGGGCUGAACUGCACUGUGAUGACGUGUACGCUCAUCCAAACUGAACUGGAAGCGGUAGAACUUUUGUACAUAUUUUCAUUUGACACAUUUCGUUAUUUGUAUCCGAGUAAUGUUGUUUACUUUGUUGUAAGUACAAAAAGCACAAGUUGGACUGAACCAAGAUUAUUACUAGGAUUCUUUUUUUUAUAUAUAUAUAUACAUAAGAAUUUACAUGAAAUGUUUUGUGUCUACUAUUGAGCAUAUGUGGUCACUGCACCUGUCGGAUUGGGUUCAAUGCUGCUUGUGAGCGACUCGUGGUGGAACCAGACAGGCCCCCACUGUCGACAUAAAAUUGCAGUAUUUCUCAAAAUACGAACGUGAACUUGUUUAGUUGAUGUCACACUCUGUGUUAAUGGCAACGAAAGAAGGAAGACUCGUGAGAUAUUUUGCCAAAAUAAAACAUGAACAAUAUUUGUUGUGAAUGUCAA